GCACGUAGCUCACGAUGCGUUGCAGCUUCAAUGGCACUCUGCUGAUCAAUGUCCUCCCUCCUCUGCUGAUGACAGAGUUUGUCCUGGGAGUUCUUGGUAAUGGUUUGGCUCUGUGGAUCUUCUGCUUCCACCUGAGGCCCUGGAAAAGCAGCACAGUGUUGCUCUUUAACCUGGCAAUGGCUGAUUUUCUGCUCAAUAUUGUUUUACCUCUCCGUGCCAGCUACUAUUUCGCCGGGAUCAAAUGGAAGUUUGGAAACGCCCUCUGUAACAUCUGCCUCUUCAUGCUGGCCCUGAAUCGCAGCGGAAGCACCUUCUUCCUGAUGGCCAUCGCUGUGGACAGGUACAUGCGUGUGGUGCAUCCCCACCAUCCCAUCAACUCUCUGAGCGUCUCUAAAGCCAUAAUCGGAGCACUCGGGCUGUGGUUGAUCACCACUUCAAUGACUGCUCAUGUCUUCUCUUUGUCACACAUCAACACAACGUACUGUGAGAGCUUCAUGAUUGACACCAAGACCAAGGGUAAUCUUUCCUGGCAUAAGUUUGCAUUUCUGUUUUCCUUCUACAUGCCUCUGCUGGUCAUCCUCUACUGCACAUUCUGCAUCGUUCGCAACCUGAAAGGGAGGCAGUUGGCCCAGCAUGCCAAGAUCAAGAAGGCCUUGUACUUCAUCAUAGUCGUGGUAGUGCUCUUCAUCAUUUGCUUCCUCCCAAGCAACUUCACACAGCUGGUGAUCUGGAUCAAGUCCUAUAAAUUAGCCGGUUCCUCUAACAUGUGUUCUGAAAUGGAAAACCUUACCAUUGUAUUUUACAUCACCAUUAGCCUGACCUACCUCAACAGCGUUUUGGAUCCUGUGGUCUACUACUUCUCCAGCCCCGUCUUUAAGAGCAUCUGCAGGAAGGCUCUUCAUCUGCCUGAAACAGAAAAUGCUGAGAGUACAGAGAAGAAAACCCGGGAAACGGGCUCCCAGUCGAUCAGCCAGCUGUGA